AUGGAGGACUCGGACUCGGCCGCGAAGCAACUAGGUUUAGCCGAGGCGGCGGCAGUAGCUGCCGCUGCUGCAGUAGCUGCAGCAGCGGUAGCUGCCGCAGCCGCAGAAGGAUCCGAGCAGCACCACGAACACCGAGGGCAGGUGGCCGGUUCGGAGGCGGAGCCACAAGAGGAAGAGGAGGUGACGGCUGUCACCGUAAUGGCGGCAGAUGCCGAACACAUUGAGAUGGGAGCCGAAUCCCUGCCGAGUGCGGACGAGGCUGCUGCGGCAGCUGCCUUUGCAGAAGUAACCACAGUAACAGUAGCCAAUGUGGGUGCCUCUGCAGACAAUGUAUUCACUACUUCUGUGGCAAAUGCAGCAUCAAUCUCAGGACAUGUAUUGUCUGGAAGAACAGCUCUUCAGAUUGGGGACAGCUUAAAUGCUGAAAAAGCCACUCUGAUUGUGGUUCACACAGAUGGCACCAUUGUGGAGAGUGCAGGUCUGAAGGGGCCAUCUGCACCUCUUACUACAGGAUCUCAGUCCCCCUCUGCUCAGUUAACAUCUGGUCAAGAAAAAGGUGGAACAAAAUAUAACUGGGACCCAUCAGUGUAUGAUAAUGAACUGCCUGUGCGAUGUCGAAAUAUUAGUGGGAUAUUGUACAAAAACCGACUUGGUUCAGGUGGUCGAGGUCGUUGUAUUAAGCAAGGGGACAACUGGUACAGCCCCACUGAAUUUGAAGCUAUGGCUGGAAGAGCCAGUAGCAAAGACUGGAAAAGAAGUAUUCGCUAUGCUGGGAGGCCAAUACAGUGCCUUAUUCACGAUGGGAUUCUGAAUCCCCAUGCGGCCUCAUGCACUUGCGCUGCAUGUUGUGAUGACAUGAGUCUGAGUGGUCCCAUAAGACUGUUUGUCCCCUAUAAAAGAAGAAAAAAAGAGAAUGAAUUGCCUACAACUCCAGUGAAGAAGGAUUCUCCCAAAAACAUCACCCUGCUUCCUGGAACUGCUGCCACCACAUUCACUGUGACUCCUUCAGGACAGAUUACAACUUCUGGCACUUUGACCUUUGAUCGUACAGCAGCUGUGGAGGCCACAGCUAUUAUCUCAGAAAGUCCAUCUCAAGGUGAUGUUUUCACUGGUACCACUGUGCAAGAUACAAACCUUCAGCAGCAACCUUGUCAGGUUAAUCAUCCAGAGCCUCACUAUCCAAGUUAUCAAGACAGUUGUCAGAUCUCCGCAUUCCCCGAAGCAGCUUUGCCAACUUCUCAUCCCAAAAUUGUGUUGACCUCACUCCCUGCCCUGGCGGUGCCACCUGCUACGCCCACUAAGACAAUCUCCUCUUCUGUGAUGAAUGGACUUGAAAUGACAGAACAACGGAACUGGCUUUACCUAGAGGAGACUGUCAAUUCUCUGCUUAACACAGCUCGGCAGCUGAAGACGCUGAUCGAACAAGCUAAGCAGGCCAGCUCUUCCUACAGAGAAGCUGCUGUUUCCCAAGCGAAACUUCAAGCUGAUGCGGAAAGGAAAGAGUAUCAGAGUCAGUUAUUUCAGCAUACAGAAGAUGUUGAUGGGAAAACAGAAAUUAUUAUUAAGAGCUUUCCGUCCACUGCAAGUUGUCCUGAACUGUCUGUUCAGUUUGCUGCAACCAUUAUAUAAGAGACAAACAGAUACUUUCCAGAGUCUGAUAAAGACAUGACACUUUCUACUUCAUAUUAUCAGUAUAAAUUUGGGCUGUCUUUGGUUCUUAAAAGAUGUUACAGAACUUGUUUUAAUUGUGAAGAGUGCCCAGUUUCUAUAUUAAGAGAACUGUACCAGUACGUGGGCGGCAGAAAUUAUAUAUGACUUCUUUUUUUAUGCAUCAUGUGCGGCCUUCUUUUACUUCCAUUUAACUUGUAUUCUUUGCCUGCAAUCUCACAGCAAUCCUGUGUAAACUGUGGCCGGGAGGCAAUGAAUGAAUGCACCGGUUGCCAUAAAGUCAAUUACUGCUCAACGUUCUGUCAACGGAAGGUAUCACACCCCUUAUGAAUACAGUUGUCGUGCAGAGCUGAAGAAGCAAGCGCCCAUGUAUGAUCUAGUACUUUUGAGCAACCAACAAUGAUUAUAUUCGGAGUACUAGGUUAGAGCUGCAAAAAUCCAGCUCUUUAGCAAAGAAAACCCCAAUUUUUGAUCCCAUGUUAUGGUUGUUUGGGUAUGUAGACCAGACUUUGUAUCCCUAGAUUAAAUCAAGAAAGGACUAUUUUCCCUUCUAAAAAAUAUGAAGGGUGAAGUUUCUCUUGUUUUUAUUCCUUUUGGUUUUCACAUUUUGCUAUAAAAGCAAAACACUUUUAGAAACAUGGGUCUCUCAGUGCCAGAGCAUUGAUUGGGUGCCCAAGCAAUUUUUUAUUAUUAUUUUUAUUUAUUUAUUUACAUCAAGAUACAGAUACAAGUGUAAACAUAAUUAUAAACACAUGUAAAGGGUAUGAAUAAAAGAAAACAUUAGGAGAGGGACAGUAGGCACGCUGGUGCGCUUAUGCACGCCCCUUAUUGAUUCUUUUGGAUCCAGAGACAAUGAGCAAUUUUAAGUUUUAUUAUUAAUUCCAGAAAAUAGACUUAAAAGGGUAACAUAUAAAGCAUACGUGCCAAGUAAAAUGAUACCCAACUCUUACAAGCUGGCAGGAGCUCCCUAAAAAGGAACAGCAGAGGGCAGCCAUAGUACUCAAUUUUAUUUAUUUAUUAAAUUUAUUUGCCAGCCAUCUCACCAUGAGGCAUCUCUGAGCAGCUUACAUUACAGUAUUAACCAAUGCUAAGUUCUGUGCAGAAACUCCCAACAAGCAACCAGGCCAAGAUUUCUAUCAAAACCUGGAACCAUGAUUUCAUGGCCCUGCUUCUAUGGUCAUGAGAUUGUAAGACCUGACAUUGGCUGAGUGGCACGUGACUCUGGGAUGGUAACUAAAAGUCUGAGAGUUUCACAGAUUUACAUUGAAGAUUCCCACUCACCCACCUUUUCUCCUUUAUUCAGCAAACGAGCGAAAAACAAGCAGGUUAGCUCAGAAUAAGCUCUAAACUUCUAGACCUUUCUUGAUACAAAGAAAAAAAAAUCAAAAUAUGUCUACCUCGGAAUAACAAUGAUCUUCUGCAUUGCCACUACAGAGUCUUUUUUAAUUUGGUAGUAUGGUGCUUUGCUGCCAUUUACAACUUAGUGCAAUUUAAUUUUGGAUUUCAAUACAUUUCUCUUUCAGUUCCAUAAUUUCAUUGGGUGUUCCCGCUUUCUCCUUUUUCCAACUUGUCUAGGAUAUGUAUUUAAGAGAGACGGAACGUACCAAAGAUUUUAGCACCCAAUUGCUAAGCGAGCUUAGGAAUUACUUGGGAGUGCAAGUAUGUGAGAGUCUUUCUGUGUAAUGCUUUAUUUAAAGAAAAUGUGUAAUGCUAUGUGAGAAUGACCUUGGGAGUCAGGGCAACAAGAGGCAGCCAAGGGAAUGAUCAGAUAAAAGGCAGUUUGGUUCACAGCAAGAAUGUAGACUGGAUAAGAGGUUCAAAGAGAGACUUUCUAGUUUGGGGAGCUAGGGUGGGCAGAGAAGUUUUUGCAGAGUUGCAAACUGAUAUAAGUCCUACAGGCAGGAAAUAUGACCAGAUGAGAUAAUUCUACCUUAUUGAAAGGUUACAUUAAUAGAAUAUUGCAAGUCUGAAAGUAUUUCUCUCCCCUUCCCUACAGCUCCCCAAAAACUAGGGAGGGUCUCUUCUACGUCUCUUGUCCCACCCACAUUCUUGCUACUGGCUAAGAUGCCUUUUAUUGGACUGUUCCCUUGGCUGCAUGGUAUUGCCCUGUCUCCCAAGGUCAUUCCCAAUACUAUUAUGUAACGGUAGCAUUCCCUGCCCCUGCUGUAUGUUGCUGUACUUUUACUUCACUCAAUAAUUGCUUUCAAUUCACAGUCUGGUUUUUUGUGUGUGUGUGUGUGCUCAUUUUCAGGAUUGGAAAGACCAUCAGCAUAUGUGUGGGCAGUCAGCCGCAGUAACUGUUCAGACAGAAGAAGAUCAUGAUACAGAUAAUGUGAUUGAAAAAGUUAUUGUCUAAAACCUCCUUUCUUCCAAUUUCAUGGAUUGUGUGGUACAGCAGACUGGCUGGACCAGCAAUUCUUCUGUGAAGUUCUGUGAUAAGCAAAAUAAAACAUAAAUAAAACCCUUCAUCGAGAUGGCGAAGGCAUAGUAUUAUUUGCACGUUGCUGGCCAACAUAUGAAUUUUCUCUAACCAAGCAAAAAAUUAAACCUUAAGAGGACAAGAGCAUCAAGGAGCUCCACUGUUUUAAGGGAACUUCAGAAGCUGAUGGAUCUUUACAAGCUUUUCUGCAAAGCUGCUGUAAAACAAAUGGGUAUAUUCAACUAUUGCCUCCUGCUGCUCUGAUGGAUUAUGGGGAUUCUUUGAAGUAUUUUGAAAAUGUUAUUUAAAGUAGCUUCUGAGUCCUUUUAAAAUUCCUCUGAUGAGGUUUCAAUAAAGAUUAUAACA